AUCUUGACCAUGUCCACAACCCAUCCACCUUUUGUUGCUCAUGAUCCCAAGCAUAUCGACCCAGAGAAACCCCGACGUGCGACGCUGGCGACUGUGCCAGACAUGUUUCGAUUCGAGUUCAGCUAUUUGAGAAGCAUCCAACCGUUCGUUCAGCUUGUGCCUUGGAAAGGCAAGGGGAAGGCAGGGGAGCAAGCUACAACGGAGCUCGCUAUCCAAUGGCUCCAGGUUGGUUGGGUGACGGCGCGAGACCAAGUAUUCAGUCCUUUUGCGCAAGGAGCAUUGUGGGCAAUUGCUGGCUACCUCUUUACCCCGCUUGCGCAGUCUUUCAUUCCUCAUCGUCCAGAGGGCGGAUUUUCAACGUGGCUACGAGCAUCUGCGCAACGCCUAAGGCUAACAACCCCUUCUCGACUAUGA